UGUAAAUUCCCACGAACUGGCACUCAGUAAUCGAAGCGCUCGUCUAUCGACUGCCUUGCUCAUUGAAGGGCCCCAUCGUGUGGCAGACCAAACUAAUCGAUCCACGCUUGACUUGUUCGCUCUCGGAUUUCCUGGUCAGAUGAGAGCACGGAAAACACGCCAACAAAACACCACUCUCACUUUCUAUCACAUCAGAAGUCUGCUGUUAAUAUAACUUAAUCGGCCAGUGAUCGCACCGAGUAAAGGACUACAUUUCAGGUUAUCUGUGUGUUCUUCUUGUAUCCGUGUUAAAGAUGUCUGCAUCCGCUGGCGGUGUUGUAUCCCCGGGCUCGGCCCUCUCUCCCAGUCCCGGCUCCGGUAUGUCCAUGUUCCGAUGGCUGGAGGUGCUGGAGAAGGAGUUUGACAAGGCGUUUGUGGAUGUGGAUCUGUUGCUGGGAGAGAUCGACCCGGACCAGGCUGAUAUCACAUAUGAGGGCCGUCAGAAGAUGACCAGCCUCAGCUCAUGUUUUGCUCAGCUGUGUCAUAAAUCCCAAACCAUCUUUCAGCUCAACCACAAACUAGAGGCUCAGCUGGUGGACCUGCGGUCGGAGCUGACAGAUGUCCAGGCAGAGAAGGCUGUGGUGGAGAAGGAGGUUCAUGAACAACUUCUUCAACUCCAUGCCAUGCAGCUCAAACUCCAAGCCAAAGGUGGACAGGCGGUCGACUCUGACUCCAUCAAGGACAGGAUGCCUGUUCCCUCAUUGGAGGACAAGGAGAAGGAACUGGAGGCCAGUAAGAAAGAAAAAGUGAAGGAGGCCAAGUUGGAGGCAGAGGUGAAGAUGUUGAAGAAAGAGAACGAGGCCCUCCGCAGGCACAUUGCGGUACUACAGGCUGAGGUGUACGGAGCCAGACUGGCAGCCAAGUAUCUGGACAAAGAGCUGGCUGGGAGGGUGCAGCAGAUCCAGUUGCUCGGGCGAGACAUGAAAGGACCAGCUCAUGACAAGCUGUGGAACCAGCUUGAAGCUGAGAUUCACCUGCACCGCCACAAAACAGUGAUCCGAGCCUGCAGGGGGCGCAAUGAUCCCAAAAAACCCUUGCUAUCACCUGUGGGGCAUGACACAGAUUCUCUGAAAAAGACUCAGGGAGUCGGCCCUAUACGUAAAGUGGUUUUGACCAAAGAAGAUAAUGAAGGCCUUGGCAUCUCCAUUACUGGCGGGAAAGAGCACGGCGUUCCCAUCCUCAUCUCUGAAAUCCACCCCACCCAGCCUGCAGAGCGCUGCGGAGGACUGCAUGUGGGAGAUGCCAUCUUAGCCGUCAACAACAUCAACCUGAGAGAUGCAAAGCACAAAGAGGCCGUCACCAUCCUCUCACAGCAGAGGGGAGAAAUUGAGUUUGAGGUGGUUUACGUGGCUCCAGAGGUGGACUCUGACGAUGAGAACGUGGAGUAUGAAGAUGACAGCGGACACCGCUACCGUCUGUACCUGGACGAGCUGGAGGAGGGAUCAGAAGCCAGUCACAAUAAUGGCACUGCCGACCCCGCUUCCCUACAAGCUGUAGGGAAGCACUUAGUGAACAACAGAACAGAGAAUGGAGAUGCUGCCUUGUCCAGUGAAAGUCCUUCAGACGACAAGACCUCCAAGACAGCAGAGUCUGCAGAGAGUUCCUCCUAGAUCUCCAGACUUCCAGAAGGAUCCUGGAGACGAGAAGAGAGAGGAGCAUCAGGCGAAGAGAUGGAGACCAGAAAGAGAUUAAGACUGCACAUGUAUAAUAUGUAACAUACCAGAUUCUUCUUGUUUUAUGCCGUUUGGAGAACAGACUGCUUCGACGUCCACUGGAGAAACACUGAGGGAAGAGGACAUACUGUUACUCAGUGGCCACAAAGGAUUGUUUGCAUAUGUACGUCACCAUCACUUGAGGGGACAAAAUGAAUAUUUACGUAGAUGAGUAAAGGGAUUGGAUAAGAGUUUUGAUUCUUGACUUCCUCUUUUGUGUAACCCUCUGUAGGUGAGCUGAAAAUGAGCUCAAAUGUAGGGCUUCUACUUGAAUGAUUCACACUUCUUCUCUUGUACUGAAGUAGAUGGAUAUAGCAAUGAGUUACUGUUUGCUCAAAAUGUGUGCACAUUGUUUUUAACUUCUCUGUUUUAGCUUAGUGUGAUCCUGUCCUGCUCCAAAGCAAAGGCAAAGAGGAUGAUGCUACUUCCUGUUUUGCACACAGGAUGGUCAGUAGGUGACGGGGACAGAAAUGAUACAGCGUGAUUUACUAACAGUGCACAUCCAUGUGCUUUAAUUUCUUUGCUUACAAGAACAGAAGUGGAGAGGUGCCAUUUAGGUGAUCUAGAAUUAAUUUUGGGGUGACUUUCAUAGAAGAGCUAUCCAGCUCAUAUUUUACCCUAAAGGCAUAUACAGUAUCUCACAGAAGUGAGUACACCCCUCACAUUUUUGUAAAUAUUUUAUUAUAUCUUUUCAUGUGACAGCACUAAAGAAAUGACACUUGCGAGUAGCGAGUGUACAGCUUGUAUAACAGUGUAAAUUUGCUGUCCCCUCAAAAUAACUCAACACACA